AUGUUGCGAUUUGGAAGAAUGCAUGGAUCCUCUCUCGCCAUGGAUGGAAGUUAUUUGAAAUCCUUGUGCCAGCAGCAUCAUCAUCAAUGGCCGGGGUUGGCACGACCACUAAUUAUUCCUAAAUUUUUAAUUGCACCAAAAUAUACGUUCCGAAAUUAUGCAAUUAUUGUAAACAAAUCGGUUCAAAACGUCUCCAAACAACAGACACAGCCAGCCAAAAAGUCUAACUUUGCAAAAUCUCAAGAAAAAUUAAAAAAGGAAAAAAUUCAACAAUUUGUUUUGAGCAAAUCAGAGAUGGACAGUAUCCAUGAUAAGAAACAAUUAGAAGAAACCUUACAAAUGCAAAAAUUAAUAACACAAAAAAUUCAAUGGAAUGAACGAAUACAAAAUGCCAAUGCUUCAGGAAAAUCUCUCUCUGAAAAGGAACAACAAGAAGCUGAAGAAUUUCAUACUCUCUUUUACAGAAAAAUUGUUCAAUAUGCACACUUUAGAGCAAUGAAUAUGCUCGAAGGCGGCAACACGAAAGAAGAUGAUGACGGAAGUAUCGGUACUUUUUAUCUAUUUACCAGCAAACUGCAGCAUCAGAAAUAUUUGGAAAGAUUUGAAUCGAAAAUAUUGAAGAAGGAAUAUUCGAGUGUGAAGGUAUCUACAGCACCAACAAUUGCUCAACAUUUAAUGGGCGUUCUAACGUCGACGAGUAUUGAGAAUAUUUCUGCAGUUAUUGAUGACACACUCGUGCUACCUCCUCAAGAAUUGAAACAUGUGUUGGAUUGGUCACAAACAGUGCUUACAGAUUUGACAUUGGCCACAUUUGUGAAAGCGAUCAAAGAUCUCAAUGAAAUGCAGAAGGAGCUGGCCGAUAUUGAAAUUAAGCUCAACACCGCAGAGAGUAACUCAUCGACAACAAAAGGAACACAAUUAGCCCUGAAGGCCAAAUACCACACACUCAUCGAAGAAAAGAAGAAGGUCAUGCUAGAACAGCUCUCAAAGGUCAAUCGUCUGAGAGGUAAAUUAUUUGUGGCAUCUAAAUUAUACGUGGCAUGCAAUGAAGAGAAUGUAUCAGAAAUUGCAUCAACAACAAGUGCUACAACACAUGACGCAAAAACGAACAGCAAUGACAUACCAAAAGAUGACGAGAGCAAGGAUCUUGAAAGGUUCACACUUACAACCGACUCCAAGCGCGUAUUAUUUGCAUACUCUGCUCCAGAUGUAGCUGCAAAAGAUUUAGGAACCUUAUUGAAACUAUCCAACAGGUACGAUGUUGCAUUGGCAGUUGUUACUGGAAGUGAACUGUUUGGAAAUUUCCUCAAAAAGUAUCUUGACAAGGUUGAUCACAUGAGGAUGUCAUUUCUAGGAAUCCAUCAUGAAGUUUUAACUCAUACUUUCACACGAGACGAUAUUCAAUCCAUUAUUGACCAAGGUCAAGAAGCAGAGCAAAUUAAGGAACAAUCUGCUCUUUCCAUUAAAGAACAGAUUGAAAAACAAGAGCAGGACAAUCAGAAGGCUGCUGAAGAACAUCCGACACCACCAAGUAUUUCAAUUAAAACAGUCGAAGAGUGA